UUCAGAAUCUAUCAACAGGGAAGACUCCAUGUGCUGCUCUUCAUGCCAACUGACACUGUAGAGUGGAAGAAGGUGAUUCAGGACAGGAUUCAGGACAGAAUAGAUGCUGACCCUUCUGUUCAGCUGACGGAGACACCUGCUAUAAGUGGUGAUUUACCAAUCAUAAACAUGUCUGGUCCUGAGAAUCACCUUAAACAUAUCUGUGACAUUUUUGAUCAGCUCUUUAAUCAGGUGCAGGAAAACAUUCAGAACAGAGCAGCACAGAGGAACCUUGUGGCUGAGAUUGAGGAACUCAAUGUGAGAAUCAGGGAGCUGGAAGAUCAAUUACAGAUCCCUGGGGCUGAGAUUGAGGGACUCAAUGUGAGAAUCAGGGAGCUGGAAGAUCGAUUACAGAUCCUUCAAAGACAAUUGUCUGAAGAGGUUAGGAGAAACGCAACGGAAGAUGAAGGAGCAGCAGCCCAAAACAACCCAGAGGAUGAUGUUGAGGAGCUCAGAGAGAGAAUCAGGGAGCUGGAACUGGAAAACAGAAGACUUCGUGGGCUUCAAGACGAUUAGAUGUGUCUUCAGACCAGGUACUGAAAAAUGGUCCACACCCGAGGCCUGUGUACCACAGUUCCACUUGUGGGAGCAAAUAAAGUGCAUCAUAAUCCUGAAUACUGAAAACCGGCUUUCAUUUAGUGCUGAACUUCACAAAGAAGAAAUGAAUUUCAAUUCAUCUAAGGCUUAGGAAUAGAUUUAAACUUGCUCGUGUGUUUUGUUUAUUUUGUUUUGUUUAUUUUUUGUUUGUUAGUUUGUUUUUAGUUUGGUUUGAUUUAUUGAUUUUAUUGUAUUCGAUUUUAAAUGUUUAUUUGUCUCAUACACAACCUUACACAGUACGACAUGCAGAUAAAUGUUGUCCUAAAAGAAGAAUAAAACUGUUACAAUAAAAGUAGAUGUUGGAUUAUCUGUACAAAUAAUAAGAAUAAAAUAUAAAAAUUAUAAAUAUAUUUAUAUGAAUAUGGUGAAGUGAGCAAACAGUAUGACAAUGGGAAAUAAAGUUCAGGUGUUUACUAUAUUAUUUUGCAUAUAAUAGCCAUGUAAUAACAUUUACUGUGCGAUUUAAUAAACAUUUAAUAAAGUGAUUAUUAAAACA